CGGAAUAUUGACGAUCACUGAGCCACUGAGGUUGCGCGCGGUUCCUUCUAUUUCCCGCCAAAAAACAUAAAUCUCCCCGUCUUUCUUCUCUCCGCCGUCUGCACAGUGCGUCCAGCGCCACUCACAUCUGAAGAUCUAGACCAGCUGAAGAAUUUCCGUGAUAUGGAUAUGGACUUUCCUGAUCCUUCUGAGCUCGAAUGGCUCGAAUCGAACUCUUACCACAUUCACGAUGACCUUGAACUGGAAGAAGAUUUCUUGCAACCACCGUCCCCGCCGUCAGAGCCCGAUGAAGAAACCACAGACCAAAUUCCCACAAAAAGCGCCGACUCUCCCCUACCCAGAAACCCCUCACUUCAAUUACCCCCCAAACCCACCCUCGCAAUCCCGCCCAAACCCCCAACGCUUCCCAACCAGACCAAGAAACGGUUCCGACCCGACCCAGGGCCAGUCCUUGCCGAAAACGAGGCUUCAACUGAGGAGAAACGGAGCAGGGUGGAAAGAAUGGAAAGUGAAGCCGAUGAGGAUUGGCUCCGCUACUCGCCGCCGCCUGCUCCAGAGGUGGUGGAGAAAGAGGUGGAAAAGGAAAAGACUUUGUCGAGGUACGCUAUGGAGAUUGACGGGGAUUGUGUACCAGUCACAGGACAUGAUGGGGAGAGGGUUUAUGCCAAGAUAUGCAGACAUCAUAUGAAAGAGAGGAUUGGGAAGUUGGACACAAAGGGUGAAUCUACAGCUCUUAUUCGGGAGUCCGUCAGGGUGCUUAUGCAGAAAAUGGAACAUGAGGAAUUUGCAAAGGCUUUGCAAGCUAGCUGUGAAGAUCAAAUUGAAGCAAGUCCUCCAAAAGCCACAAUACUAAAUGAGCAACUUUGGGUGGAAAAGUAUGCUCCCAGUUCAUUUACAGAACUUCUCAGUAAUGAGCACACAAAUAGAGAGGUUCUUACAUGGUUGAAACAGUGGGAUUCAUGUGUUUAUGGAUCUGAAAUUAAGAGUACAACAGAGCAUGUCUUGUCUGCCCUGAGACGUCAUUCAACAGUUAAGCGUCCAAAAUUUUCUGCGCGCCAGACUUUUGGAACGAAUAGACAACCUAUGUUUGGCAAAGGUGGAGCUCAUAAUCAUCAAUUUGAAGAGAAAGACGAAUCAAAUGAUUUCAAGGAUGCAGGGGACAAGAAACAGAAGCAUUCUGGUCCACCAGAACAAAAGAUUCUUCUACUCUGUGGACCUCCUGGGCUUGGGAAGACAACACUUGCUCAUGUUGCAGCUCGGCAUUGUGGAUACCGAGUAGUGGAGAUUAAUGCUAGUGAUGACCGCUCAUCAUCAACAAUAGAAGCCAAGAUUCUGGAUAGUGUCCAGAUGAACUCCGUCUUUGCUGAUUCAAAGCCUAAAUGUUUGGUCAUUGAUGAAAUUGAUGGGGCUCUUAAUGAUGGAAAAGGCGCAGUGGAGGUCAUUUUAAAGUUGGUGUCUGCGGAAAGGAAAUCUUAUGCUGAAAAAGAAAAUGAUCCUCAAGGGGUACAUUCUGUAAGGAAGUCCUCAAAAAAGAAGGAAAGGAAUGCAUCUUUGCUAAGGCCUGUGAUCUGCAUCUGCAACGAUCUUUAUGCUCCUGCAUUGAGGCCAUUGCGCCAGGUGGCUAAGGUUCAUGUAUUCGUGCAGCCAACUGUUGCUCGCGUGGUAAACAGGCUCAAGUACAUAUGUAACAAAGAAGGUGUGAAGACUAGCUCCAUUGGUCUGACUGCUCUGGUGGAGUUUGCGGAAUGUGAUAUACGUUCAUGCUUAAACACCCUUCAGUUUCUCAACAAAAGGAAGGAGACCCUCAAUGUGUUGGAGCUUAGUUCUCAAGUAGUUGGCAGGAAGGAUGCAUCAAGAAGCGCUUUUGACAUUUGGAAAGAGAUUUUCCAAAAGAGGAAAGCCAGAAAUGAGAGGAAACACAAUAGUUCGUUGCGUCACAUCUCUAAUGAUUUUGAAUCUCUUCACUCUUUAAUAUCUAAUAGGGGUGACUUUGACUUAAUUUUCGACGGAAUCCAUGAGAACAUUUUGCAUCUCCGCUACAAUGACCCUAUGAUGCAAACAAGUGCCAAGUCCCUGAAUAUUCUCGGUGAUUCUGACAUAAUUCAUCAAUACAUUAUGCGUACACAACACAUGCCUCUUCUAGCUUAUCAGCCUUCAUUUGCAAUUGCUAUUCACGGGCUAGUGGCUCAGGUUGAAAGGCCAAACAUUGAAUGGCCCAAGUCAUUUCACAGAUAUCGGACUUCAUCAAUAGAAAAGAUGGAAACAUUCCAUUUGUGGCACAACAAGAUGACACCUUUCAUAUCUAGACAUCUGUCGACCAGAUCUUUUGUGGAAGACUCGAUUUCUCCUUUGUUACAUAUUCUAUCACCGCCAACACUAAAACCGGUAUCUUUGCAUUUACUGUCAGAGAAGGAUAAGAGAGAUCUGGCUCAGCUGGUGGAUACAAUGGUGUCAUAUGCAAUAACUUAUAAGAACAUAAAAUCCGAUCCUUCAUUAGGUUCCAUGAAACAUGAUCACGCGUUAGAUUCUUCAAUGCUUUCUUUUGAACCCCCUAUUGGCGGUUUCAUAAACUUCAAGGGCUAUUUUUCAUGCCAUUCUAUGCUUGCUUCUGCUAUGAAGUCAGUUUUGGUACACGAGGUUGAGAAGCAAAAGAUUUUGCAAAGCAGCCGAAGCCAACUUGGACAUCCUACAGAUUCUUCUAUGGACGAAAAACAUCCGUCAAUUAGAAGCAAGAAUACUAGUUUAGUUCCCUCUAGGUUUCAUUCAAUGAAUACUUCAACUGACAAUGAUCCAAGUGUAACUAGUACCCCUCGUAUCCAAAAGAUGAGUGAGCUAUCUGCAUCUUCUAGUCCUUCAGCUACAGAAGUAAAUGAAGUUGCUCCAGCUAAAGCGAGUUCUGAAAAAAAGAAGCCUACCAAAGGAUCAUUCAAUUUUUUUGACAGAUUCAAAAAGCUGAAUAGCAAAGGAUCUCAGGAAAUUAAUUCCGCUAAUCAAGGACCAACAGAGAGGGACUCACGCCCCUUAUUGUUUAAGUUUAAUGAGGGUUUCACAAAUGCAGUCAAGAGACCUGUCCGAAUACAAGAAUUUCUUCUCUGAUUUUAGUCAUCCUAUAGAGAACUUGUAUCAACAUUCUGAAUAACAUUUUGAUGUCUGCUGCUUGGGGCCGUAUAUAGCAAAGGUGUGAAGGGAAGCUCUGGCAAAAAAAAUGAUAUAUUGCUGCAUUCCCUCAAAUCAUAAAGAUCUUUUACCUUUGAGCUUUUAGCACUUUUAAAAGUGGCCUUGUAUUUAUCAAAACUACUUAGCAGAGGUUAUCAAAUGAAAGAUACGAAGUAUAACAGAGUGAUGUAGGAGUGUAGGACUAGCAUAGGAUAUCAGAGAUAUUACUCUAUCCUCUUGUUAAUUUUGUAUUACUAAAAACUUUGUUGAGUUUUAUCCAUGUAUCAUAUCUCCAUAUGGAUAUUACAAGUUUGGUCAUUA